CCCGCGGCGGAGAAGACGCCCGGCCACCCAGAUGUCUCUCCGGCUUCCUCCAGCUCUGGGACACUCAUCCGGUACACCCCCGACUCUGCCACUAGCCCCACCGCCGAGUGCCCAUCUCCCCACCCCUCUUUACAGAAGGUCAAGGAAGAAGUCGAGGGUGUGGUGAGGAAGGCCAAGAGCCGCACGGCCUUCUCCCAGGAGCAGCUGCAAAUCCUGCACCAGCGGUUCCAGAGCCAGAAGUACCUCAGCCCCCAGCAGAUCCGGGAGCUGGCUGCUGUCCUGGGGCUCACCUACAAGCAGGUGAAAACAUGGUUUCAGAAUCAACGGAUGAAAUUUAAACGUUGCCAGAAGGAGAGCCAGUGGGUGGAAAAAGGAAUGUAUCUACCGCAGAAUGGGUUUCAUCAGGCUGCAUACCUGGAUAUAACCCCCACGUUUCACCAGAGCUUCCCUGCCGGUGCCAGCAGAAACCUCCCGGCUGUGACCAACGUGCACCAGGCUUACGCCAGUGGGCAGACUUACGGGAAUGGGCAGAGCCUGUACUCCAUCAUGGCUGUGGAGGAUGAGGGGUUCUUUGGAAAAGGUGGGACAAGCUGCAAUACCCAGCAAGCCAUGGAUUUAUUAAACCAGCAGAUGAACUUCUAUCACGGCUACUCUGGCGAUGUGGAUUACAUCAGCCUGGAGUCGGAAGACGCCUACAGCUUUCAGAGCCCCUCUGACAGUGCUUCACUGUUCUCAAGCUCUUCUGUACGGCAUCAGUGUCAGGCCCCUUGGCAUCAGCUGGGGACCCAGAGUGGUUAUGAGUCUUAG